CCGUCCGGUCCCGCCGAGGCAGGCUGCCCGCACCCCGGCUGUAGCGGCGCUCAGCGGCCGCCUGCCUGCCGGCUGCCUGCCGGGCUGCUCCGCGGCCGGGAGCCUGGAUUCGUCUGCGGGUUCGGUGAAUUGAUUCAGCCUUUUCCUGCCAAGAAAUCUGCCAGGAAAUCUUCUCUAAUCGCUAAAUUCUCUGCUUUGCUUUCUAAAUCUGUUAUUCCAAGCAAGGAGUCUUCAAAAACAGUUGCAGAUCAAUGCUUGAGUUAGAAAUUAGAAUUAGUUUUCUGUGAACUUCAUGUUACCGGCACCGGUUUUCUAUCACAGCAGUGGUCUGCCAGGAUUAGGGGCUGUCUCUAUACCAUGCUUGGAGGCACAGACCUAUCUUUGAAUGUUGCUUUGCAGAACCUUUUUGAGAUUGUGUCAAAAUGGAACGUGAGUGUAUGGAGAAGAUCAACACUUACUGUCAAAAGCAGAAACUGACACUGGUUUAUGCCAAUGUCAGGAUGACCGGCCCAUCUCAUGAUCCUGAGUUCACAGUUGUGGUUAAAAUAAACGAUGUAGAAUAUGGUACAGGCACUGGUAAAAAUAAGAAGGAAGCAAAAGCAGUAGCAGCAAAAAAAACCUGGGAAAUGAUUGAGAAACAGCCAGAGAGCCCUUCAAACAUGCAAGCUUCAGAAUUAAUGACAACGCAAAUGACGUUAUUACCUGUACCAGCCAAUGACUAUGUCAGCCAACUAAACAUGUAUUCACAAAGGACGCUGCAAAGAGUUGAUUAUCCUAACACAAAAUGUACUGGAGAAGCCCAUGCUCCCAUGUUUUCUUGUAGCUGUACAAUUAGUGGUUUUGUCUAUGGAAGUGGCACUGGAACUUCUGUAGCUGCUGCAAAACAAGCUGCUGCGAAACAAGCGCUUGAGAAGCUACGUAAGCAAGGCACUCUAACAAUGGGAAGAGAAGAAUCUAAUGGAAAUUCUACAUUUACCGAACAUAGUAAUUCCUCUCAAGUGCCAACUCAGUCUGACUCGGACAGUGUUUCCUUUGAAGACUCAGCUGCAAAGUUAGUAGAAAAAGUGAAAGACAUGGCAGUAUGCGAAAAGCCUUCACCUUCUCAGAGAGACGCACAAAGUUCUGCCCUGAAAUCCAGAAGAAAAUUGGCAGCUAAUUUUGAUAAUGCAAGAAACAAGGAAGAGGAGAAAAAGAUGUCAGAUUUAGAUGAAAGUUGGCCAGAUUUGGACACAAAUACCAGUGAGGAGAAUGAAAGUCCAUACACAGUGAAUAAAAGAUUUCUUGAGAGUUUUAAAAACAUAGAGCCUAUUGGUGAAGGUGGUUUUGGGAAUGUUUUCAAAGCAACAGGAAAGCUUGAUGAGAGAACCUAUGCAGUCAAACGAGUUCAAUUCGCAGAGAAUGUAAAGCGUGAAGUAAAAGAACUUGCAAGACUUGACCACGAAAACAUAGUGCGGUAUUAUUGUAGCUGGAAAGGGUAUGACCACGUAACUUAUUCAGACUCAAGGCAGAAGUCAAACAAAGAAAUUACCUGUCUUUUCAUCCAAAUGGAAUUAUGUGAACAAGGGCCAUUGGAAAACUGGAUUGAAAAGAAUAGACUAGACCGAAAGUAUCAUGAGAUGGCACAAAACAAAUUUUUACAAAUACUGAAAGGAGUGAAAUAUAUUCAUUCUAAAGAGUUAAUUCAUCGAGACCUCAAGCCUCAGAAUAUAUUCAUAUCCCAUGAAGAUAAAAUAAAAAUAGGCGACUUUGGUCUUGUGACUUCUGUGGCGUACGGGACUCUGACUGAGAACAGAGGAACAAAAUCAUAUAUGGCACCAGAACAGUUUGGGGACAGAUAUGGAAAGGAAGUAGAUAUUUAUGCACUGGGAUUAAUUUGGUUUGAAAUUCUUUCGGCAUUCAGUGGUCAUGAGAAAAUUAAGGUAUGGCAUGAUGUUAGAGAAGGUCAACUUCCAAAGAGCUUCACCAAACAAUUUCCAGUAAAGGCACCCAUGAUCAAAAAGAUGCUUUCAAGAGACCCUUCAGGAAGAUACUCUGCAUCUGAAAUACUUGAGUUUUUUAAGUCUGUUGAUAAAGACAACUCAUUUAAAACUCAUACUCGGUAAAUGCCUUUCAGAUGUAAAAAG